AAGGAAGAGCCCGGUCAUGCGCCAUAGAGAGAAAAAGCUCCUAUGUGCUUCAGAGACAGACUGGGCGGGUACUCUGACUGUGUCUGAAAAGCUUGUGGUUCACUUAGUCACAUACACGACAAGCAGAGAGAGAGAGAGAGAGAGAUAGAUACUUCUCAGGUUUUCUGCUUACAAAAUGACUACAACUGCAGAAUAUGGAGCCACUUCUUGGGAGCUGUGUGUGCAAGUGGAACAUCAGUAUGAAGGCGAACCAAAGGAGUUUAAUAUCAGAGUCACAGGAGACCUCCACAUUGGGGGGCUGAUGCUCAAAUUAGUCGAACAAAUCCAGAUUCCUCAAGACUGGUCAGAUUACGCUCUUUGGUGGGAACAGAAGAACUGUUGGCUGUUGAAGACCCACUGGACACUGGACAAAUAUGGAGUGCAGGCUGAUGCUAAUCUUCUCUACACACCUCAGCACAAAGCUCUGCGGCUACAGCUGCCAAACAUGAAGACUGUCAGACUGAAGGUCAGCUUCUCUGCUAAGGUUUUCAAGGCUGUCACUGAAAUCUGCAAAACUCUGAAUAUCAGAAGGUCAGAGGAGGUCUCCUUACUGAAGCCACUAGAUGAACCACAGAAAAAGAAGAAAAAAGAAAAAAGCAACAAUCCAAUCAUUGAAGACAUUUUAAAUUUGGACAACACUGCAGUCACCCCGGGAUCUGCAGCAAGCCCUGGGCUGUACAGUAAAACCAUGACACCUAUAUACGAUCCAGUCAACGGAACUCCAGUGUCUUCUACCAUAAUGUGGUUCAGUGACAGUCUACUAACAGAACAGAACUGUAAUAUCCUGGCUGUCAGCCAGCCAAACUGCCCACCUGAAAAACUAGCAAAGCUGUACCAGCCACUAUCAUUAGUUGACAAAGCGACAAUAAAUGCAGGAUGGUUAGAUUCAUCCCGCUCACUCAUGGAACAAGGCUUUCAGGAGGAGGAUAAACUUUUGUUGCGCUUCAAGUACUUCAGUUUCUUUGACUUGAACCCAAAAUACGAUGCUGUGAGAAUAAACCAACUCUAUGAACAGGCACGGUGGGCAAUACUUUUGGAAGAAAUCGAAUGCACAGAAGAAGAAAUGUUUAUGUUUGCCUCACUGCAGUACCAUAUAAGCAAGAUGUCCAAGUCUUCUGAACCACAAAGUUCUUCAAAUGAGCCUGACAUAGAUGAAGUAGAAGCUGCCCUAGCUAAUCUAGAAGUGACACUUGAUGGAACACAUUCAGACAGAAUUUUGGAGGACAUCACUGAUAUACCAAAGCUUGCUGAUUAUUUGAAGCUUUUCAGGCCCAAAAAGCUGACCCUGCGAGCAUAUAAAGAGUACUGGUUUGUUUUUAAAGACACCUCCAUAUCUUACUACAAGAAUAUGGAAUGUGCUCGAGCAGAGCCCAUUGAACAGAUGCACCUAAGAGGUUGUGAAGUUGUACCUGAUGUUAAUGUCUCAAGUAAAAAAUUUGGAAUCAAACUCUUAAUUCCUGUAGCUGAUGGCAUGAAUGAAGUCUACCUGCGAUGUGAAAAUGAGAAUCAGUACGCCAAAUGGAUGGCUGCAUGCAUGCUGGCUUCCAAAGGGAAAACCAUGGCCUACAGCUCCUACCGAACUGAAGUCCGCAACAUUCAGUCUUUCCUGAAAAUGAAGGACCUAAACUCAACUCAAGCACAAGCUGCUCCCAAUCUAGAAGCCAUGGAAAUGAACUCCGAUUGCUUUGUGUCUCCCAGAUAUGUGAAAAAGUACAAAAAUAAACAGCUAACAGCACGUAUCCUGGAAGCACAUCAGAAUGUCUCACAAAUGUCUCUUGUGGAAGCCAAGAUGCGCUUUAUACAAGCAUGGCAGUCACUACCUGAGUUUGGCAUCAAAUACUAUAUUGUAAGGUUUCGAGGAUGCAAGAAAGAUGAACUGUUGGGGAUUUCCUACAACAGAUUAAUAAGGAUAGAUAUGAGUACUUGUCUUCCAAUAAUAACCUGGCGGUUCUCGAACAUGAAGCAAUGGAAUGUAAACUGGGAGAUUCGUCAGGUUGCAAUUGAGUUUGAUCAGAAUGUGUCAGUCGCAUUUGCCUGCCUGAGUUGCGACUGUAAGAUCGUCCAUGAGUACAUUGGAGGGUACAUUUUCCUGUCAACCCGAUCCAAGGAUCAAAAUGAAACUUUAGAUGAAGAACUUUUCCAUAAGCUUACAGGAGGACAGGACUAAGAAUGUGUUACUUAGCUUAUUCCAAAUGUAUGGGCACAGUGAAUCCAACGGAGGAUGCUAACCUGCUAUGAGACCACACUCGUUUUUGAAGAACCAAUUUGGAGCUGGAAAGACCUAGAUGAUGACAUUUCUUUGCAAAGCAACAUUUAAAAGCAGAUGUAUAAUAGUACUACUUUAAAACACUGGCCAAACUAACUCCAUGUUUUCUAUAACAAAACAAACUCUAGAUGAAAUUGACUAAGGGAGUAUUUGGCUUGCUAAAACAUUGUGGACAUAUGGAAUAAUAACAGGGUCUGUUCAAAUAUUGACAUAUUUUUUUGUGAUUUAAAGGAGGACAGUAUUUAGAUCUGCUCCCAUUUGGAUCAAUUGAAUAGGCCCCAACAUACAAAGGACUUUCUUUGAACAGAUAAAAACAUUUUCAAUGUUCCCUAGUGUCUUUUCCAAUGAUUUUCCAAGUUGGAAAUGAGUUUAUAUAAAUUCUUCAAUUCCGGUCAUUCUUUUGUACCUGCAGUGUCCCGUGUUUUCCGCAUCACAGUAUUAUAUUUUUUAAACCUACCGCCAACUUUGACAUUUUUUUAUCACAUAUGGGUCAUAAAUUAGCUGGGGAAUGUUUCUUAACAUUUACUCAGUAGUGGUCGCCAGGAGAAAGAGAAUUUAUCUUAUAAGGAUUGCAAUGUGUCCAGAUUAUGCUCCCUCCUGCAACAAUAGUAGAUAUACUGCGAUGUUUAGAAGAAAAAAAUAUAUUCUUCUAGCAAUCAUUCCCAAAAGCUAAAAGGAAAAUAAGGCCCUAGUUGAUUUACUUAUGAUAUCAAAAUAACAGUAACAAAAUAAUCAUGAUUAUGUUGAAAAAUAUAUUGCUGCGAUAUGGACAACACAGGAUAAAGCAAAUGUAAUGUGUUCCUUGUAAACACUGAAGGGGGUUCUUUAAAACUCUAACUAUAUCCUAACAGCAUGAAAAUAUAUAUUUGGUAUUGUUAUAAUUAAAUAUGAAGCAUUGCAUUACAUGUUUUGAACAUGACAAAAAUAAUGAUGUGUAGGCUGUACAAAGGCUGAAGUUAAGCUUUCUUGGAUUUAGCAACGCCUGCUGGAUUUCUGUUAACAUGUCCUGGUUGCUUGUACUUGAUCAUUUUCUUUGAAAACUUCAGAACAAUUAAAAACAAACUAUACCUUAAUAAACCAUGACUUUUAUGAUGCAUCAGUCUAAUGGAAGAAUAGUUAUAAACUACAUUGAAAGGGAUGGGCUUUCUGUUACUGUAAAUCUAAAGUUCUAAAUUUAGUUAGAAAAAGUAUAUUAAUGUUGGUAGAUGUUUAAUAAUGUUCUUUAUCUGCCUGCCUUCAAAAUAGGCACACAAAUAACAUGGGCAUGUCACAACAGUAAUGCUGUAUUUUACAUGAAGCCUAUUCCAUCCUAAGGUAACUUAACAUUAUGCAAUCAAAUUUAUAUUUGACAAGACAGCCGCAAUGUGAAGUGUUCUGCUAGAUACAGUACUCUGGUAUUACCUCAAACUCUCAUUUGAGAUCAGAUCACCAUUUAGAACCCACUAUAGCAGUUUCUUUCAGUUUGGAGAGAGGGGUAUUUUCUUCUACUAGAUCAAGCUAUCAUGCAAGACUAUUUUAUUGGUCAGAAUAUAAAUUCAUAGAAAUUCCACUUGACAUUUCUGAGCUUUGAUUGUAGGUAACAGUUUCUUAACAGAAAAAAUUGAUAUGUAAAUAACAGCACAGUUAAACCAUCUUCCAGUGAAUUAUACAGCUAUACAACUUGUUGUAAACUCAUCAGCCCUUCCCAAAGAAACUGGUACAUCUUGCCACAAGUCAUUUUUUUUUACAGAGUAACAGUAAAAUGCAAUUUCAUUCUGAUUUAUAAUACGUUCACUAACACAGUUGACGCAGUCUCUUAUGGUACAAGUAUCUUUUUAUCAGCAUUGCUUCAGUCUUAUUGCCCACCCAUAGGGUUUUGCAAGACCCUAUUAUGAGUCAUUCAACCAUACAUAUAGUACAGAGAUAGAAACUAUCAAUCAGUGUUUGCUCCAGGACUUAGACUGAGAGUCAAUGUGGCCCCCUCACAAAAUUUUAGGGGGCCAUUUUCUUCAGUGAGGGGGUCAAUAUGUUUGAUUCAGAACCAACCACCAUUUCUUAUUUUUGUUUGUUUUAAAUAUGCCAACAGAGUUUACAGACCUUUUUGUUUCUGAAGAACAAAAAAUAAAACUGUAAAGCUGUAGAUACAACCAAGGUGUCUCUGUAAUACUCACUGUCACUUUUGGGGGAAAUAUUGGGAAAUGUGUCACAGUGAUGCUGGUGUAUCACUGAGUAGAGGAUAUUCAUUGUACCAGAUCACAUUAGAACAGGGGUUUUCAAUCUUUUUAAGCUGCAUACCCCUUUCCAAAAAAUGUAGACCACCGCGUACCUCCAUCUGAGAUAGAAAACAGAAAAAAGGUCUGUACAAUAACAUAUUAUUAUGAGUAUUAACAGAAAAAUAUAUAUUAUAUUUACUUUUGGAUAAAAAUAGUCCCUCAAACAGGUUUCUAAUUGUUGGAAAUAUCAACAUCAUUUUAUUGUAAAUAUUAAUUAAUUCAAAUCAACAAAGCCUCCAUGCUAGCCUCAAUCACUCAGAAAUGACAAAGGACUAUUCUGUGAUAGCAAAUGGCAAUCAUGUAUUUUUAUUGAUAAUAAAAUUACAGAAAAGAAGGCAAAGAAAGCUUCAUUAUCCAUGCAUCUCUACAGCUGACCUCAUUACGAAAAAAUAUUAUUG